GUAAUAAAAUCAUUUUGAUUAUCUUCCCACCAGGUUCUUUCUAAACAGGGUGACUCAUUCCUUGGGGACACAAUGCAGCUCGUAAUCUGCCUCGUAGGCACAUUGUUGACCCUAGGCCUUCAAGGGGAAGCGAGGACGCCGUCAAGAUACCAUGAAGAUGACUAUCAUCCCAGGUCUCGUCCUAACAUUGUUAUGAGGGGAGAAGACAAGGACUACUGGAUGCAGGACGCGCAGGACGCCCUGACGAGGCAGCUGGGGAUCCGGCUGCGGGAGAAGCAGGCCAAGAACGUCGUCUUCUUCCUCGGGGACGGCAUGUCCCUCAGCACCGUCACGGCCGCCAGGAUCCUGAAGGGCAGCAAGACGGGCAAGUUCGAGAGGGAGAGCCUCUCCUGGGAGGAGUUCGACUUCGCUGCCCUCAGCAAGACCUACAACACGGAAGACAUAGUCACAGACAGCGCAGCCAGUGCCACAGCCUACCUGUCCGGAGUGAAAACUAACCAGGCCAUCAUUGGACUCGACGCCACCGCCAUCUAUGAAAACUGUUCCACCCAGAAUGACAUCUCCACCCACACCUCAUCCAUCGCCGAGUGGUUCCUGGAAGCCGGCAGGUCAGCAGGUCUGGUCACUACUACGAGGGUGACCCACGCCACUCCCGCCGGGGUUUACGCCCAUGUGGCCGACAGAAAAUGGGAAGAUGACGCACACAUGUUAGACGAUUAUGUGGAUCCGGAAACCUGUGACGACAUCGCUGAACAGCUGGUCUACGGGGAACCUGGAAGACACCUGAAGGUCGUUCUGGGAGGUGGUCGUCGCAGCUUCAGACCCAAAGAGGAACCCGACGUGGAAGAUGGCUCAGCAGGAUACCGAGAGGAUGGCAGGAACCUCAUCAACGCCUGGCUGGAGGAGAAGGAGAAGAUGGGCGCCUCUGCCGCCUACGCCUGGAACAAAGAGGACCUCAUGGCCAUUGACCUCCAGAACACGGAUUAUGUCAUGGGACUGUUUGACCACUCGCACAUGGACACCGUCCUCACGAGAAACGUGUCCAUGGAUCCGACAUUGCCGGAGAUGACUAAAUUUGCCAUCGAAAUGCUCUCCAAGGAUCCCAAUGGAUAUUUCCUCUUAGUUGAGGGAGGACGCAUUGACCUCAUGCACCACGGGAACGAGGUCCGUCAGGCCCUGUACGAGACCCUGGACUUCGAGGAGGCCGUCAGCAUGGCCCUCUCCCUGACGGACCCUGAGGAAACCAUCAUCCUAGUGACCGCCGAUCACGGUCACACGCUCGACAUCAACGGUUACGCGGAGAGGAACGAAGAUAUUUUCGGGUACGCCGGUAUCAGUAACGUUGACUACAAGAGAUACACGACCCUGAGCUACGGAAAUGGACCAGGAUUCCAGUUAGUCCCAGAUGGUCGAUAUGAACCUACAGAAGAGGACUUGAACGACAAGUAUUUCUCCUACCCCUCUGGGAUCCCUAAGGAAUCCUCCACACAUGAUGGCACUGACGUAGGAAUCUGGGCCCACGGUCCUUUUGCGCACCUCUUCACGAGCGUCUACGAAGAAAACUACAUCCCCCACGCCCUGGCCUACGCCGCUUGCGUCGGCCACGGGCGUACUUUCUGCGACAAGAAAUAAGCCUUCGUGAAAUACAUUUUUUUUUCUAUUUAGGCCAUUUUAUGAAGUAAAGCUUGUUUUUUUAACACGACUGGUUCGUUUUUGCGUAGAAAAAACAAAAGUUCAUUGUAAAAAUAAUGGUUUCUUUAGAACGUUCUUUUUUCAUGACUUCGUCUGGAAACGACCAUAGUGAAAUCGAGUUUUUAUAUUACACAACUCGCUGGUUUCAUCGUUUCUGCGAAAAAAAGCACUCGCUGUACAAUGAAGAUUUUAUAUACACCUUUUGGACUAUUCGCUUCUGCGUCAACAAACACAUUUUAUGAAAUAAAGAUAUUUUAGAGGGUCCUUUUAAAUUCGCGUCUUCACCAAGAUAACUAUGAGAAAUAAAAGAUGUGUCUGAGCGUU